UUGGAGCAAUAAAAAAUGGAUCUAAUACUAAAAUACAAAAAGCUCUGGCUUUUAUUGAAUUUAUACAUAAUUUUUGUCGAAAUUAAUUUAAUAAGAGCGGAUCCUCAGCCAGAGAGUUCUCUCUUAGACGUUGGUUUAGGUGUUAUAACUGUGGCUGGUUCUGCAUUUGAAACGCUACAGAAUGGUAUGAUCGUGACGAGAGAUCACGGUUUUAAUACAAGUUUAUUGUCGGUGCAUAGUAAAAGUACUGCAGGUAUGGGAAAUGCAGUAGUAAAACGUAAAGCAAGUAAUGAAGAAAUCGAUGAUUGGAGAAAAAAACGAACAAUUGUUGCACCCGACCACAAUGAUUUACUAAUGAAGCAUGAAGUUAAGCAUCGUAAGAAGAGGUCACCAUGUUAUUAUGGUAGGCCGCCAUCUGGUGGUAAUAUACCAUCAGGUGGUAAUCUACCAUCUGGUGGCAAUCCAACACCGACCGAGCCAACUGAUGAUGAGGAAGCUAGAAGAAGAAUUGUGCGUAUGCUUAGGCAGCGGCGUCGGAAUGUUUUACAAGGUAGAUCGAGAAAAAGGAGUGGGAGUAGAACUAGAGGCCGUCGAUAAAAAAAUUAUCAUUGUAUAUUUUGUAAAAAUCUUAAAAUUUUAUCGUUAAUUAGAGUAUUAGUUAAUACUAUAAUGUGAUAAUGCUGAUUUGACUAAGUAAAAUUUUAAAGGUUAAUCAAAUUUUUAUGAGUUUUAAAUUAUGUGAUCAGUGAAUUUAAGUGAU